UCGCGCCUGCGCAGAGCGGCGGCGGGCGCGGGCGGAAGCGGCGGCGGGCGCGGGGCAGGGCCGGGCCGGGGCGGUUGGUGCCGGGUCCCCGCCGUGCCCGCCGCGGGGCGCGGGCGCCAUGGCAGAGGCUGGGCGGCCGCAGCGGAAGCUGUCCCGGGUCGGGGAGAGCCUGUACCGCGUCCUGGGCCUGCAGAAGGGCAGCUCGCCCGAGGAGAUCAAGAAGGCCUACCGGAAGCUGGCGCUCAAGUACCACCCAGACAAGAACCCCGAUGACCCGGCUGCAGCCGAGCGCUUCAAGGAGAUCAACAGUGCCCACGCCACGCUGAGCGAUGAGGACAAGCGUCGCCUCUACGACCAGUACGGCUCCCUGGGCCUCUACGUGGCUGAGCAGUUCGGCGACGAUGCCGUCAAGCACUACUUCCUCAUGUCCAAGUGGUGGUUCCAGGCCCUGGCUCUGUGCUGCGGCGCACUCACCUGCUGCUGCUGCUGCUGUUGCUGCUUCUUCUGCUGCGGGACGUGCUGCCCACCAAAGGAGGACGAGUCCUACAAGUAUGUCGACCCCAAGGAUCUGGAGGAGCAGAUGCGUGCAGAGGACAGCGAUCCGUGGAUACCUGUUGUGGAACAGCCCCUGCCUGCCAGCACAGAGCCCUUGCCAGCUGUCAGCACCAGGACCGAUGCCUGAGGCUGGCCUCAGUCCUGCCAGCUUACCCAGGACUCAGGGCAGAGAUCUUCUUUUGGGACUGUCACUUUCCGGGACCCCGGUCAUGCCACUCAGGGUGGCUAGAAUCUCAGGUUAAUUUGGCCAGCAUCGAUGCAGAGGCUCUUCUGCCCCUGCUCAAGCUGUGGGGCGAUGCCCCUGUCUCCCAGCACUGGUGGUGGACGUGGCCUGGACCCUGUGCUGCUGCACCCCGUGCCCAUUGCACAGCCUGCUGCUGUGCCCUGGCCUGGCACCAGGCAUUGGAGCCGGUGUAGGCAGUCACGAGCAGAGACCUCUCUGGGCCAGGCUCUGUCUUACUAGAGGUAGCUGAGCCUGUCCAAGACCGUUAGCACUGUAACCUCUGGGGCUGGGCUGAGCCCACUACCUGCCCUCACAGGGACCCUCCUGAUGGGUGCUGGGUGCCAAACGCUGCUUGUGGGGUGGGGGUGCUGCCUGCUGCACCCCCUUCCUUUCUGCCCAGCCCCAGCUCUGGGGCACUGGCUACACCCCAUGCCCACUGCUGCUGGCAGGCUCCCUGCAGGGCUGGGCCCAGUACAGGCACUUUCCUUGGGUUUGUAUAGGUUUUCUGGGCACCAUUAAAGGAUGCUAGGAGGGGA